CUCACAAAAAGAAAAGAAAAACACUGCUGCCAUCAAUCAAACUGUCGGCGACUCUCUAGUAACCGUUUUUUUUCUCUUUUCAACUGAUUUUCUCGGGUUUCGAGACUGCCGGAGCUGACACCCGCGGCGGCGCGUCGAUAUUUCUCACCUUCCUCACAAUGCAGGGCCACCGUGUCUCCGCCGUGUUUCUACUUAGCUUGUGCGUUAGAGUUGUGCUGGUCUGCGCGGAGGGACAGACUCAGGUGCACCAUGUCCUCGACCCGCAUUGGUAUCCCGGCACCGCCACCUGGUACGGCGAGCCUGAGGGAGACGGCAGCACCGGAGGGGCAUGUGGGUAUGGUAAUUUGGUGGACGUGAGGCCGUUGAAGGCAAGGGUGGGUGCGGUGGGGCCAGUGUUGUUCAUGAAGGGGGCAGGGUGCGGGGCGUGCUACAAGGUGAAGUGCCUGGACCAUAGCAUUUGCGCUAAGCGGGCAGUGACGGUUAUAAUAACCGAUGAGUGCCCUGGCUGCCCCUCUGAUCGGACGCAUUUUGACCUCAGUGGUGCCGCCUUUGGCCGCAUGGCUGUUGCCGGCGAGAAUGGCCAGCUCAGGAACCGAGGUGAAAUCCCUGUCAUUUACCGAAGAACGCCAUGCACAUAUACCGGUAAAAACAUUGCUUUUCAAGUGAAUGAAGGUUCUACACCUUUUUGGCUAUCAAUUCUGGUGGAAUUUGAGAAUGGAGAUGGGGACAUCAGCUCCAUGCAUAUAAAAGAAGCAGGGUCUAGUGAGUGGCUACAGAUGAAUCACCUAUGGGGUGCAAAUUGGUGCCUAAAUGGGGGACCUCUAAGAGGACCUUUCUCUGUAAGACUAAGCACAUCAACUGGGAGAAGCCUCACUGCUACAAAUGUUAUUCCAAGUAACUGGUCUCCGAAAGCUACUUAUACCUCUCGUCUUAAUUUCUCUCCUUAGCAACAAGAACAAAAGAGAGAAAUAAUUGAUAAUUAGAACCUUCUACCCAGUUAAAAGUGGUAGAAGAUCCAUUAAGGCAAAAAGAUAGUCUUAUUGGUCACUAUAGAUAUAUUAGUGUUACUGUUAUCUUGCAUUUUACUUCUUUUGGUUUUAUUCACAAGAAAAGUAGCCGUUGAGUGCACAAGCCAGGCUAUAUAUCCAAUGGUGUUUUCUUGUUUUGUGGUUUGUAAUAGAAGUCAUGUAGCCCCUCCAAAGUGGAGAGAGAGCGCGCAGUGUGUUGUAGUAUUAUAGCAACGUUACCUGUUUGUACUGGGUCCAUUU